CAUCACUUUAACACCAGGCGUCGUCAGCGGCCAGCUCGAGCGACCGAGCUCAGUUCACAGUUGCGUUUAGCAAUAGGUCGUGAGUGGUGUGUAUAACGAGGCUUAACUUACAUCGCCGAAUACAUAGUAUUAAGGGACAGUUGGCACUUUUGUAUUCCAUGGUUUGCGACGUCCACUAAAAAAUGGACGAUUUCAACAAGAUACGGACCAUUUGUUUCCAAAGGAACACAUUAUGGUGCGAUCCUGACUUCCCUGCAGAAAUAAUUUCACUAUUUUAUCAUCAAAUCCCCGAUGUCCAAUUCGAAUGGAAGAGGCCGGCUGAAAUGCAUGAAAAUCCGAUUUUUAUCGAUGACACCUUUCAUGGUUUUGAUCUCGAUAAUGGCCCACUCGGAGAUUCGUGGCUAAUGGGUUGUAUGGAGGUUCUCCACAAGUUUAGGGGAAUUUUCAAACAUGUCGUGCCAUUAGAACAAGACUUCCAAUCAAAUUAUGCCGGGAUUUUCAGAUUUCGUAUAUGGUGGAACGGAAAAUGGGAAGUUGUAAUCAUUGAUGACAGAUUACCAACUGUGAAUGGAGAGCUCGUUUUCAUACACAACACUCACGGCAUGCAGUUUUGGGCAGCUCUAUUGGAAAAAGCUUAUGCAAAAUUGCACGGUUCCUAUGAAGCCCUUAAAUAUGGCAAUGCAGAGGACGGUCUUAUGGACCUCACUGGGGGCAUAGUUGAAAUUAGUUCAUUGCCUCUUCUAAAUCAGGUGCAAAUAUUAUAUCACCGCUUACAAUCAGUUUCAACUAUCGCUCUUGCAUUUGCUCCGUCAGGACCUGGACCAUUCGAAUCAAUUACGAAUUCUAAACUAUUUCUUAUAUACGAAAUAGAUAAAGUUAAUACCUCAGAUGGUUUUAUCUAUAUAGUCCGUAUAGUAGUACCCCUCUUACCACCUGGUGACCAAAAGCUUAAUCGAUUCUUCGAACUUAAUUAUAAUGCCAUAUGGGAUUCCUUAUCGGCAUUUAAAAAGAAUGAAAUAUUGUCAACUGAACAGGGAUUCUGGGUACCAUUUAGCGAGCUUGAAAAAAUUAUCACUUGUAUGCGAUUAUUACACUUCGAUGUAGAAUCUUGUCAACUAGAACCCACUUUUACGUACAAAACCAAAUGGUUUUCAAAAAACCGCCAAGGAAGCUGGGUAAAGGGAGUGACAGCUGGAGGUUGCAAGAACAAUACUGAGUCAUUCCACUUAAACCCACAAUUUCAAUUUUUGAUAGAUAGUCGGACUCCAAUUAUUAUAUCACUUCAGCAAAGCAAUUCAUUGGAAUCGCAAGUCAUUGGCUUUACUGUUCAUAGGUUAAAAUUCAUCUUAAAGGAAAAAGCUUCAGACAGCUUAUUAACCAACACUGACGUUUUACUAAAUGCUCACUAUUCAAAUGCUCGCCACGUUAGUGCUAUGGCUCUCAUUGAACCUGGCAUAUAUGUGAUUAUACCAACGACGUAUGAACCUCGUAAAGAAGGCAGUUUUACACUUAGAAUAUUCACAUUGAAACCAAUUACAAUAUCAAAUGAAUUGGACAUCCGCGCACGUCUACUUAAUCAAAUUGUGUUUGAAGCCGAUUCUGUAUUAAAUAAUAGUAAUAUAUUAACACCAUACAACAUAUUAUUCCUUCAAUUAGCAGAUGAACAUAAAACUGUAGAUGCCUUUGGUCUUCAAGAUGUCUUAGAAAAAUCAUUGCCAAAUGACUACUUACAAAGUUGUGCCACAAUAGAAACUUGUAGGCAAAUAAUAUUAGGUAUGGAAAUGCCAAACAAGAAAGACCUUAUAGGUCGUAUUCACUUAAAAAGCUAUAAAAAUUUAUUGAUCAGUCUUUGGCACUGGGAAGAAAUAUUUAGAGUGUAUACCACUAAAACAAGGGGAGUGCUUGUGGUGGAAAGGCUUCAUGCUGCUUUAGCCAAAGUUGGCUUUAUGCUUAGUAAAAAAUUAAUGGCGAUAUUAGUGUUCAAAUACAUGAGGAGGGAUGGUACACUCCGAUUUGGCGACUUUGUCUCUGCUAUAUUUUAUUUAAAAAGAGAGUUUGGCAACUGCAAGGGUGCUCCGAGCUUGCCAUGAGUAUAAAAACAAAUAAUUGUAUCUAUAUAUUGUAUAUAUUAUCUUUAUCUAUAACACCAGCCAGCUUAAAUUUAAACAUCUACAAUUUAUAUUAUGAGAGAUACCUAGUAAAUUUAACAAACUGUUUACUGCAAUUAAGUUUUUUUAUUGAUUAAAAAUCACAUUUACAAAACAAAUGUAUGUAAUUCACAAUAAAUAAAGCAUUAAUCUGGCAUGGUUUUAAGUUGUCUGUGAUUUUAAAUGUUUUUAAUAUGACAAUAAUUAAGGAAGCAAUGAAGGUGCAUGGAUGUGAUAAUGUGUACAUAGGCAUGUAAAGCCAUA